AUGCAAAUCUACACUCUCUUCGCUAUCUUACCAUUGACUGGUACCUUGACUGGAGCGGUAGCUCUCAAUCCUCGAAACACCCCCGAAACCUUUGAUUCCAUCUCAACCUCGACAUCGGAAAGUGUCCCAUCGACUACUAUUGAAAGUAGCUCUUAUCCUACUUCAGUCAAAAGCUGUAAGAGACCUAGUGGCACAACUUCCCAGGAUGCUAUUCCCACUACCUCUUCCGAAAUGUACACGAGCUCCUAUCAGUCUGAAUCUGCCUCAAGGAGUUAUCCGUCCGAUCAUACCGAUUGUGGAUGUAGUAGUUUCACCUCGCCUGGAGAGUAUAGUGCUCCCGAAGAGACCAACGGGACCAUUGAGGAUGAGUGA